AUGAGCAUCGACGCUGGCGGUGUUGCUCAAAUGACUUACCAGUCUCCCUUCAAUAACCCUAUUGGCGUUUCUGGUCCUGGCUUCGCUUCUCGCGGCAAAGGCUCCCAUAUCAAGCGUCUGAGCGUUGCCCCUCCUCCAAAGAUCUCAACCAUCGAUGAAACUCAGCAAGCCAAUAUCAGUUCUACCCCUCGUACAAGCCGUGGUCAUCUUCUGGCCGGCUUGAGGACAGCCCCAAAGUCGGCCACGGUCCCUCCUGCCAAUCAGGGUCUGGGCCUCGAGGGAAGCAGGUAUGCUGCCAAUCAGCACGCCAGUCGUGCUCCCCAAACCUCAACUGGCAUGUACUUUCCUGGAAACCGUCACUCCAUGAGCAGCUUCCAGGGCUACUCGCUUCCAGAAGUUCUCGCUCCUCCUGCCAUUGACUUCAAUAAUGGAAAUGACAACAUGGAUCAACAUCUUUACGAUGAAUUGAUAGCCACCAACAACUAUCUCGCUCAUCAACAGCGUGCACUUCAGCAGCAGCUACUGAGUGUCACUGCUGCUGCUCAGCAGUUCAAUGGUCUCAAUCUCAACACUGGCAUGUUGGGUAACCCCGGCCAGCAAUUUCAGUCGCCAUCACCAAUCACUUCUCCCAUGAGCCUGUACAAUCAACAAUUUCAACACGGUCUUCAACCAAUAGUUCAACCGGUUCCUGGCAGCCCUGGCGUAUUCUCUGUUUACAAUCCCAUGACUGGUCAAUCGAGCUUUGUUGUUGAUCCUGCCCUUCAUCAGCAACAGCAAGAAGUCUCUCCACAAGGCCGUAACAGCUCUGUUUCACCGCCACCCGUCCAGCCAAAUUAUCAACGUCAAUACUCGGAUAAUUCGAUCCAUUUGACAGAGUCUCGCUCAAGGACCCCUCCCAAGUCAACUCCAUCUCCCCAACAGGAGGUUGUGCCCUUACCACCUCCUUCCGCCAACGCUUUCCGUCGAGGCCACAGAAAGAACAUGUCCUCUGCCAAUAUCAAAACUACUAGUGAAUGGACCAAAGGCUCAGUGUUGCGAACAGGAAAUGCUCCUCAGACUCCAUUGACGGGAUCGUUCGGACCAGGACAGGGUCGAGCAGGAGAGCACCCAGUGAGACAACCCAAGGGUCCUCCACUUCUGCAAGAGCUUGAAGAGAAGCCUACCUCUAAGCACGAGGGUAGCAAGAACUUUGCCACUCGUCAACGUCGUCGUGCUGUUCAUGACUUGGUCCGGGCUGGACGUGAGCGCCGCAGCGAUGGUCGUCAAUCCGGCUCUGGAGCUGGCACUCCUGGGAGUGAGAAUGAGUUCAACUUUUCUGUCUCGUCCGACAAUGAUUCCAGCUUGGCAGGGAGCACUAGCUUGUCUAGCAGACCCAGUCUUGGUAGCCUCCGAGCUGUGGCUAGUGGUGCGAUUGGCUCUGAGAUCAAGGAGAAGUCCCGUGAGCGAUCCUCCAUUGACGCCAAAAGCCUCAGCGGUGAUGAGGGAAAUGCCAUUGGUGGACCUUAUGUUGAGGUUGAGCCAGCACGACGCAAUACACCUCUUCUCGUUCUCAGUAACGCUGAGAAACGCAAGAGUGUUGUUAUGUGA